AACAGUUAUAUACAGACAGGAUCAUGCUUUACAAAUAUGUUUAUGCUUCAUAUGGUGUAAUUGACUUCAGCGAGAGCUCAGAGCUUCAUUUUACUUUUACUUUCACUCUUGUGUUUUCAAAGGAGUAUGCACAGCUCUUGUUUCACUUAUAAGAACCAGGAAAUCCUUUUGAGAACACGACAGUCGGCAAACAGACGGAGCUUCAGUGAGAAACUCUAAAGAGAGAGAAACAUUUUUGUAUGUUUUGGGAGUAAAAUGGCGGAGUCUAAGCUCAGAGAUCUGGAUCAAUACAGCUGCUCAAUAUGUCUGGAUCUAAUGAAGAAUCCAGUGACUAUACCCUGUGGACACAGUUACUGUAUGUCCUGCAUUAGCAGCUACUGGGAUAUGGAUAAGAGGAAUAACUGCCCUCAGUGCAGGCAGAACUUCGGUUCAAGGCCUGUUCUUAACAAAAACACAAUGCUUGCUGACAUAAUGGAGAAGCUGAAGGACACAAAGCCCCAGGCCGCUUCACUUGCUCAACCUGAAGCUGAAGCCGGAGACGUAGAAUGUGAUUUCUGCACUGGAAGAAAGGUCAGAGCUGUUAAAUCAUGCCUGGAGUGUCGAGCUUCCUACUGUGAAAUACAUCUCCAACCUCACUACGACUUUCCUGUCCUUAUGAGACACAAGCUGGUAAACGCUACCUUCAUGCCAGUAUGUCAGAAACAUGACAAGCUGCUGGAAGUGUUCUGUCAAACUGACCAGAAGUGCAUCUGUGUGCUGUGUCUAAUGGAUGAACAUAAAGGCCAUGACACUGUUUCCUGUGCAAAAGAACGGGAUGAGAAACAAGUAAAACUGGAGGUUGAUAAGAGCAAAUUUGAGGAGAAAUGCAAAGAAAAAGAGAAGGAGCUUUAUACGCUGCAAAAAGCCAUUGAGUCUCAUGUGCAAUCUGCACAUCGGGCAGUGGAGGACACUGAGAAAGCCUUUAGUGAGUCAGUCACUUUUAUUAAGAAAAGACGCUCUGAGAUCAUAGAGAGGAUCAGAGCUCAAGAGAAAGCUGACUUGGAUCGACUUGGAGAUCUUCGUAAACAGCUGGAGCUCGAGAUAGCUACGCUGAGGGGACAAGGAAAUGUCCUGGACAAGCUUCUACAGACAGAGGAUAACAUCCACUUCCUUCAGAAUUUUGAGAACAUGCCCAAUCCCGCUGGAGUCCAGGACAGUCCGAGUCAGUCACUGGAGCUAGAUGCCUCUUUUGGGAAUGUGAGCAAAAGAGUGUCUGACUUUAAAGAGAGACUGGAGGAGGUCUCCAAACAGGAAGCAGACAAAAUUUUAGAAAGUGUUUCAGAUUUAUUGAUAAAGAGCUCUCCAGACCAGAUCAAGAUUGGGGACAGAGUUCGUGUGAAAUCUUCAGUGAAAACGCCAAGAUUUAACUGGGGCUCCCACGUCACGCACAAGAGUGUAGGCGAGGUCAAAGCUGUGCAUGGUGAAACUCUAAUCGUCAGCUUUCCAGGGCAUGAAAACUGGAAGGGAGACCUCUCUGAGAUGGAGCUAGUGACUGGUGGCAUCAAACCAGAAGCCUCAACUCAGAAGCGCAGUAUCAAGGUUGGAGACCGAGUCCGGGUGAAGCCUUCAGUUGACACUCCAAAACACAAAUGGGGAAGGGUUAGUCACCAGAGUGUGGGUGUUGUGAAAGCUCUUGAUGGGGAAGCCAUGACUGUGGACUUUACGGAGCAUCCUGGCUGGAAAGGCAUAGUCUCCGAGAUGGAAGUAGUGUCUGCUGAUGAUGUCUCAGGCGUAUUGACUGGAAACAACAGUUUCCAUAUUGGUGACAAAGUGAGAGUGAAAUCCACAGUUGUGACUCCUAAACACCAAUGGGGAGGUGUCACUCACAAAAGUGUUGGUGUAGUUACAGAUAUUAAGGAAGACACUGUGAUUGUGGAUUUCCCUGAAUGUAAAGGCUGGAAGGGCAUCAUCUCAGAAAUGGAGUUACUGUCCAGCAAAGACACUGAAGAAUGCUUCAGGGUUGGAGACCGAGUCAGGGUGAAAGCCUCUGUUAGUACUCCGAAAAAUGGAUGGGGAAGUGCCUCUCACAAGAGUGUUGGUGUGGUUACAGCUGUUAAAGGUAAAAUUAUAGCUGUAGAUUUUCCUGAGCAUAAGUCAUGGAAUGGUAUAGUUUCUGAAAUGGAACUGGUUCCCAGUGCUGACUCAGAAUACUGUAAGUUCAAGCCUGGGGAUAGAGUCCGAGUGAAAGCUUCAGUAAGAACUCCAAAAUACAACUGGGGAUCGGUCAGUCAUGAAAGUGUGGGCACAAUCAAAGCCCUUAAAGUGGUGGUGGACUUUCCAGAGCAGUCUGACUGGGCUGGUAAUCCAUCAGAAAUGGAGCUGUGUUCAUAGAAAAC